UUACUAUGUUUUAGUCCCAUUCGGGAAAUCUCUAGAUAUAAUUUGAGUACAAACUUCAACAGCCAUCUUUGCAGUGAGGAACAAAGUGAUCAACUCCUAAACUGUUAGGUUCUUCUAUGGCAGAAAUCACCGAAACGCCCAGUCCAGAAGUCAACAAAGGGGAAUCCGGCCAGUCUACCGUCAUUGAGUUCAAUGAGGAAACCAUGAGGAAGACCGAACCUGGGAGGAAGCGCCUUUUUCUUACGCUCACCAUCUUCGUUUCUUUCCUCACUGGUUUGCCCUUUCUGUUGAAAUCAAUCGAGAUCCAUAGAGCGCCAUUGCCAUUUGUCGACAUGGAUUCACUGGCUUUAUCGAUUGAAAGGAGUCUCUUGCUAUUUCCCUGUAAAUUCCAAGCUGUAUUUGUAAACGUAGAUCACAAAACUACUUCCACCCCAACGGAACUAGGUUCUCUGAUUAUUAAUCAAGUGGAAAAACUCACUUCAGCAAAAUCUCCAGUUUGUGGUACUUGUUUAAGCAAUUUUACUGUUGCAGUAACACUUGAGAAUUCAAACUCCAAUUGCAUUUACAGUGAAAACCAGGAGAUUGGCUGGAAAUGUGGCACAUUAAGUGAAUACGGAUUUGGUGAGAGUUUGGGCGACCAAAAGACUGAUGAUUUUUUAGAGUCUUUGUUGGAUAGUAGGAGCAGUAGGGUUUAUACAAUCGUGGUAGUGAAUAAGAAUGAGGAGGUUAGAGCGGUGGUUGGGAAAUAUCGCCAUGCUUGGAUUGUAGGUAAGCUCUCAGAGCAUGAAGCAGCUGAGAAGGUGGCUGAAAUUUUUGUUGACGUGUUCGUAAAUGGUGGGAAAGCAGAAGGUUCAAUCCACGGGGAAUUUAUGCCAGUUGGUGCAGAUGGUAGGGUUGUUCUCUCAUUCAAUCUCUUGAAUGCUGAACCUCGUGAUUGGAUUUAUGAUUGGGAUUUUCAAGAGUUAGAUGAUACGUGUUUGGUUCCAAUAGUACAAGCUUUGAGACCAAUAGCUGACAUUAGCGUGGAGAGUCAGGUUCUAUACCAUACUCCGAAGUCCUCAUUUUCUAGAUGGGAUGAAAAGCUGGGGAGCUAUAUUUUCAGUAUCAAAGAUCUCCCUUUCUUUGUAAAUUCGAAUGAGUGGCAUUUGGAUACUUCGACAGGAGCUGGUGGUCGGUCAAAAAUCCUGCAUUUUGUGGUGUACGUGCCAUCAGCAGACGAAUACCCUCUUCAAUUGCAGCUUCCAAAUGGAAAACUGUCAUCUACAAAUGGAUUUAUAUCACCUAUGUGGGGAGGAGUUACUGUUUGGAAUCCGCCAGCUAUUUCAAAGACAUCAAGGAUGCAAUCUCUCAGGCAUAAAAUUCCCUCUGAGGACUUAAAGAAGGUUAUUGAAGUUUUCAUGGGGCAGUUACGACAAUUAUUUGGUCUGAAUUCCAAUAGUCUCUAUCUUGGUGCAACUGCCACAUCUAAAUUAUUAACCAGUGCAAAAGGCUUUACACAAUGGGAACUGGAUUUUAUAUCACGUCAACACACAUGCUUCAAUCUUGUUCAAUGUGGCACCACUCUUGGAUCACUUAGUCGAUUGGUUCAGUCACUUCCUAGGAUGAUAGUCAUGGAUGAUAUAGGAAAGCAGGUAAAAUUCUCUUUGGAUGCGGCAAAGUCAUCCCUAGCUAAUGUAUCAAUGGGAGAUUAUGAUGCUUCAGCUGUUUCGUCAAGACAGGCAAGAUCCUUGGCGGAAGAUGCCUUUUAUCAUCCAUCCAUGAUGUCCGUGAGCUACUAUUCAUUCGAGCACUGCUUUGCUGUCUAUUCGCCCUUCUUUCUGCCAGUUGCUAUGCAUGUCAUUCUUUCUGUUCUUAGAGAGUUUAGAAGAUACAGACGAGAGAACAGAAAAUAUAUGGCAUGGAAGGGCACACAGUCCAUACUACUCAGCUAAGCAUUGUCGUAAGCUUUUGACUUUGGGAACCGGGUGGACUAAGUUGUGGCAACAUGUCGGAGCACAUAUAUCAUCACAUGAAUUUUUGAAUCAUUCGUCCAAAAUUAGUUUAUUUUUGAAUGCUAAUGAAUAUGUUCUGACCAUCUUAAAGUGUCUCGUUUUAGUUGGAUAUAUACUAUAGAAUUUUGACACGGUGUACCCAGCACUUCUGAGAACUGUUUGGUUGUGGCUCAGGAUGCGAAAAGCGUAAAAACAACCUCAUGUUUAUAUGUUUAAUUCACCGCUGUCUUCUUAUAUUUUCCAUGCAGUGAAGAAAACCAUACUCCAUAAUAACUGUGAGGGAGAAUAAUCUGUCUGUGUUACUUCCGCCUACUUUGUUAGUUUGUUCUUUCUUUUCUUUGAAGGGCUUUACAGUUGACAUUGUUUGAAGGACAAUUUAGAAAGUGAAUUUCUUCUUUGGAAAGGCGUAUGUAUUUCAUAUCAUA